GGGCGGGGCCCGGGCCGGGCUGUGGCGGUGCGUCGGGGCCGGGGCGAGCGGGGCCCGCCGGGCUCCUCCGGGGCCGGCGGCGGCUGCUUCUGCCUGGGCGGCGCAGGCGGCAUGAAGGGGAAGGAGGAGAAGGAGAAGGAGGGCGGCGCGGGGCUGCCCGGCGGCGGGGAGGCUGGCGGCGGCGGCGGCGGCGCGGGCGGCAGCCCGGAGAAGACCCGCAGCGCGCAGGAGUACAAGGAGCAGGGCAACCGGCUCUUCGUCAGCCGCAAGUACCCCGAGGCCGCCGCCUGCUACGGACGCGCCAUUAACCGCAAUCCCCUGGUCGCCGUCUACUACACCAACCGCGCCUUAUGUUACCUAAAGAUGCAACAGCACGACAAAGCCCUGUCGGACUGCAAGCACGCCUUGGAACUGGACGGCCAAUCCGUGAAGGCACAUUUCUUCCUGGGACAGUGCCAGCUGGAGAUGGAGAAUUAUGACGAGGCUAUUGCUAACCUUCAAAGAGCCCACAACUUAGCCAAAGAGCAGCGGCUAAACUUCGGGGACGACAUUCCGAGCGCCCUGCGCAUCGCCAAGAAGAAACGUUGGAACAACAUCGAGGAGAAGCGGAUCAACCAGGAGAACGAGUUGCACGCUUACCUCACCAAGCUCAUCAUGGCAGAGAAGGAGAGGGAACUCGACGAAUGCCAACGGGCCCAAGAGCAGGAGAACAUGGAUGAAAACCGGAGCCGGGCACAACUGGCCAACAUCAAAGCCAAACACGAAAAAUAUCUAGCAGACAUGGAUGAGCUCUUCUCCCAGGUGGACGAGAAGCGGAAGAAACGGGACAUCCCUGAUUACCUGUGUGGGAAAAUCAGCUUCGAACUGAUGCGCGAGCCUUGCAUUACGCCGAGUGGGAUCACCUACGACCGGAAGGACAUCGAAGAGCACCUCCAGCGGGUUGGCCACUUUGACCCUGUGACCCGAAGCCCGCUGACCCAAGACCAGCUGAUUCCAAACUUGGCCAUGAAAGAGGUGAUUGACGCCUUCAUAUCCGAAAACGGCUGGGUGGAAGAUUACUGACCUCCGAAGGAUGGGAGGAGAACUCCUGGGGACCUCCAGUUGGUGUGGCAACCAAGAAGUCCCCCUCCGGACUGCGCCGGACUGCCCGCUGGGCCACCCCCUUGCCUUAGCCUCUCUCCCUUUCUCCUUCUUUGCCCACCCGGCUUUCCCUAACCCUUCCCUCCUCCGGCAGGGAGGAGGGUGGGGUAGCUUUGUGGCUGUGGUGGUCUUCUUCUGAGCCAGAACUUCUUCCGGGCAACAAAGAGACCUCGGCCUUGAUCCGGACAGGUGGGGUAGCUUCACGGCUGCGGUGGUCUUCUUCUGAGCCGGAUCUCCUUCCGGGCAACAAGGAGACCUCGGCCUUGAUCCAGACAGGAUGGAAGAUGUUCCCAUCGUAGAAGCUCAAGGAUGGGAAUUGCUUUUCCCGGGCUUCGCCUGACUUUGGUACCAAACUGCACCCACCCCACACUUCUAUCCAGAUGCUUUUGUCCCCUUCCUCAGCACGCCUUCCUCCCACGCCAUCGGCCCUCCUCUCCGUGGAGCAAAGACUGCAAUCAGCCCACCUACCCACCCUCCAGGAGACCCCCCCCCUCGCCGAUGCUUCUUUUCCUGGUCUCUUAACUGUACAAAGUUUUCCUUCUCGACAUCCGUUGUCCUGCCUGUCCAGAAGAGCUGAAGUUCUGCAUCUGCUUCUCUGUAAAUAAAACGGCCACCGAUUUCAGGGCGGAUCCAGGAGGGGCAAAGAGAAAGGGUUGUUAUCUCAGUUUCUCGAAGCGGACUGGAAUUGGCGCUUCGUGGGCGAAACGGUCGGCCCAGUUUGUGGAUAAUUGCGUUGAGCGACGGAGAGAGAGAGAGCGGAGCCCCGCGUUCCCGUUGCCGGGCAGUUUGUUUUACCUAUUAGAGUACUCAAAAGUUUUAUGUUUUCGGGUUGGUUUUGAAUUAAACUCCCCUCUCCCCAGUUCAAUCCUCA